GCUCGCAGCGGACAUAUUGCGAAAGACGUAGUCAAUCUUUAUAAAAAUUGGAGCGAAGUAAAUUCGCAUUUGUCAUUAUUCGAAGGGUGUUUUUAUUGAAAAAUCAAAAUGAAAAUCGAUAUUUUAUUCAAAUUAUCGUAUUUAUUCUUGGUUAUAGGGUCCAUUAAAGCCAUCGAAAGCAGCGACGAAGCUGAUAAGGACAACAAUACAGUGGUGCCUUCAGUAGUAAAUAAUUCUACUAACAGUACAAGUACUAUUGUUACUGUAACUGAAGAGAAAGAAGGAAGUCUUAAUGAAACCUCAUCUAAUACUACUACUACUAAUACUACUACUACUACUACUACCACCAUCAUUCCGGAAGAUGCAACAAAUUCAACUAACAGCUCCAUUCCAUCCACUACUAACUCCACUGAAAUAAGUAGUACAACAGUGGCAAAUUCAACCACCCAGGUAUCUAGCACCGAAUCUGGAGAAACGACUCAGACUACAGAUCUGUCGACAGGAGAGAAUAAUCCUACAGCAGCUCCUUCUAAGCCAAAAUCUGGAGGAUUCAAUGCUCUGAGCUUUAUUGGAGGAAUUGUAUUCACAGUAGGACUCCUGGCUAUCAUGUACGUUGGCUUUAAAUUUUACAAAUCUCGUACAGAGAGAAAUUACCACACAUUAUAAUUACACUUUUUAGUGUCCAGAAAUUCAGUUUUAAACUCACUUUUCAAUAAGCACAAAACAUAUAGACAACUUUGUGAUGGCCAAAUAAUUUUCCUAAACAAAAGAACAAUUUUAAAAUAAUGCUUUCACACAUUCACUUAUCAUGAUAAUAAUGGUAAUACAUUUCAAAUGGAUAAAUCUGAUGGUUUUCAAAUUUUUCUGAUCAUUCCCUUACACUCUUAAGUGUAAAUAAAUAGUUGAUUUUAUCAAAAUUCCAUAAUAAUUUGAAAUAUUUCAGUAAAAUUUCUUAAAAAAGACCAUAAUUAUGUAACAUAUUUAAAUUACAAAAGAAUUUUUAUAACUUAAACAGUCUAAUCUUCCUUUCAGGAACAUGAAUUCAUUUUUCUAAUUAAACAUCUGUCAUGUUAAUCAUGUGCACUUAAAAGAUUAAGUAAUGAUAUACAUUAAUAUUAAAUA